AUGGUGGCGGGCAGCCUCCUCCUUGGUGCUAACCCCUGGAGUGAGGAGCCCUGGGCUGCCGUGGAGCGUGGCUGGAGCACAGCUGCCCAGCCAGGUGCUCUGCAGCCACUCCCUCAAGCUUUCUGUCACAUACCCACUAUGACAGAAGAGAUAUUCAGCCAGUGGGAUCAGAAUCUGACCUACAACAACCAGCUUCAGAGAGACACCUGCAAGGCUGUAACUCUCAUGGGAUAUGAAGGCAAAUGGAGGAAAAAAAUCUGUCUCCCUCACCUUCCUCACAUAAGCAGAAGUUGUAAAUACACCUCUCAUUUCUUUUUGGAAAUCUCUGAGGUGGAUCAAGAGCAAGCUCUCAUACAACAGAAGGCAAAACUGGCAGCGCCGCCUGAGGAGCUCAGCUCACCCAGUCAAUGUGAAGGCAAGGCAAACCAAGGUGCAGCAGAUGAAGGGGAGGCAGCAAGGUCAGCUGGUGGAGACAGCAGUGUCGCUUUGAGCUACCCCAGCCUCCGCCUCCAUGCCUACAGCGUCGAGAGCAUGACAACAUUUCCGAAUGGCUGUGGAAAUGGCACCACCGUUACUUGUAUAGUUAUGGAUAAUAAGAGCCCCCAAAACCAGACUACCUGUGCCACUCAUAAUGGGGAACACAGCACCAGCAACAGUCUUGAGGAGGAAGUUCAAGAGGAUAAGCUCAGCCCUUCCAAAAUCAUGCGCUUUUUCACCACCCCUCGGAAACGGGCAAAUUCCAGCUCUGACAGGCCUCGUUCUCUGGUUUUGAUGGGCAACUCAUCUACGUGGAAUGCCUUUUCUUCCAUCAGAAAGAUGGGAUCCUUCAAGAAGUUGAAAUCUUCAGUUCAACAAGGAAUUCAAACAAGCGAAUGCUCAGACAUCUUAAAUGAGAACAGCAUAGGCAAACAUGGUUCAAAUGGAGCAGUGGUGCGAGUUCAGACUAACAGGUAUUCCUAUUCAGGGUCUCUACAUGAUUUCCAGAGUGCAAUGGAUGGUUUGGCUUCUGACUGCUCUGAUGUGGAGGAGAGUGAUGAGUCCUUCCUGAGGAACACUCACCGCUCACGCAGCAUCAGGCGAGCUUACGGUGCUGGCCGCAUAAACUUGCUAGACACAGAUAAAGUUCAGAGUCGCCACAACUGUGUUAGGCCAGCAUCACCUGUCAUUCCAGAGCCAAAGAUCUGUGAGAUUUUGGUGAAGGACUCUGAAAACAACAGGAUCAUUUAUUGGAGAAGCAGAAGUUCAGAUAAUUUAAACUUUCUGAAAAAAAGCUCAUUCAAGCGGAAGUCCACCUCAAACCUUGCUGAUCUGAAGGUUGCAAAUGAAAAACAGGUGCCAGCAAGGACUGUGAGUGUUGCUUCUGCCGACUCCGACAAAAGCGGUGGAAACCCUGAGAGGAGAUCCAAGCGAUGGAAGAGCCCUAUCAGAGCAAAGGAUUUUGACCGAGUUUUGAAACUUGUCAGUAACGUUACAGAUGUUGCAAGGAAGAAGGAUGGCCCCAAGAGCACAGCUCCUUCUACCAGUGAGCUGUCCCAGAGAACAAGGUCAAACAGGCUGCAUGAUGACUACUCCCGCAGGGUUUCCAGCAGCACAGAUCACGAUAGGAAGAGAUGCACCUCCUCGAUAUCCAGUCCAGACUCUUCCUUGCCAGGAACACCUUGCCUGCAAAGCCCUGUGAUUGCUCCGGAUAAAGAGGCUGAAAUGAAUGUAGCUGUCACUGAAGAUAAAAGCGUCAGGACAUCAUCAGGUAUCCCUGAUUCUGAUAGCUUUUCACCUACUCUGAAUGACAUUAGUCCAUUUUCCAAUGAAGUCUUCUAUUCAGACUCGGAUGAGCCAAAAGCUACCCAGCAGUGUGUGGAUGAAGCCGAAAACCUUCAUGUUCCAGUCAGGCCAACUACUCCAAAGCCUCAAAGUCCAGCUGCAGGGAAGGUCAAGUGCAGUAUGAAUUUCCAGUGUCCAAACCAUCACAGCACGUUGUCACUGAGCUCAUCAGAGAGCGAGGAGAGAGUUGAGGUACCAGGGCUGAAGCUGGGCAGGAAUCCUGUUUGCUUCCAGGACUCUGUGCAAACUGUCUACUAUGAUGAUGGAAAUGAAGACAGUGGCAUAAGCAGCCACUCUCAGCUAAGCCUCAAUUUAGCCUCUGGUACUGAAGAAAAAAAGGAAGAGGUUGUUUCUGAUGACCACUGGAAGAAGUCCGUGUCCCAGGAUGAAGAAAAGGCAGACUCACAGAAAGUCACACCCAGGAAAUGGGGCUCUGGAAGAAGAUCCCGGCCCAGACCUCUCUCAGACUAUGGCCAAAUGUCAGUUCGAAGUUUCUCUAUACCAGAAGACUCAGUUGCAGUGGAGUCUCAGAGGAUAGACUGCACAGAUGGAGAAAAUCAGCCAGGACUGGCAUCCGUUGGGUCUGUGAUCCAAAGCAAUACUGUGGGCUACCACAGAGGGAGGAAAAGGAGACCCAUCUCUGUAAUAGGUGGGGUCAAUUUCUAUGGAGAUGAUCAAGUGGAAGAGAGAGAAAAUCUGCUGACACAACCUGUGACACGGCCACCCGUUCCAGCACACAAGGUGCCCCCGUACAAGGCUGUUUCAGCCAGGUUCCGGCCACUCACCUUCUCACAAAGUACCCCCAUCGGCCUGGACCGGGUGGGACGGAGGCGGCAGAUGAGAACAUCUAAUGUUGCUGCAGAUGGUGGGACUGAAUCUUCAGCCUUAGUAGAUGACAAUGGCAGUGAGGAAGAUUACAGCUACGAGGAGCUGUGCCAAGCUGCUCCCAGGUACCUGCAGCCUGGAGGGGAACAGCUAGCAAUUAAUGAGCUGAUAAGUGAUGGCACCAUCGUCUAUGCAGAGGCUCUCUGGGACCAUGUCACUAUGGAUGAUCAAGAGCUGGGCUUCAAAGCUGGAGAUGUCAUUAGAGUUCUGGAAGCUUCCAACAAAGACUGGUGGUGGGGAAGGAAUGAGGACAAGGAAGCCUGGUUUCCAGCUAGCUUUGUCAGGCUGCGAGUUAAUCAGGAAGAAGUGCCAGAAAAUGGUAGUAAUAUCCAGGACGAAGAGCAAGAUUCAGAUAUUAGCAAGCAUCGCCAGAAAAUAGCUGAAAACAGGGAUCAGAUGAGAACCAACGUUAUACAGGAAAUUAUGAAAACAGAACGAGUCUAUAUCAAGCAUCUCAAGGACAUCUGUGAGGGUUACAUUCGGCAGUGUCGCAAACAUACAGGAAUGUUCACCACCGCUCAGUUAAGCACCAUUUUUGGAAAUAUUGAAGAUAUUUACAAGUUCCAAAGGAAGUUUCUGAAGGAUCUUGAGAAACAGUACAACAAAGAGGAACCUCAUCUAAGUGAAAUAGGGUCAUGUUUUCUUCAACACCAAGAAGGCUUUGCUAUUUAUUCAGAGUAUUGCAACAAUCAUCCCAGUGCCUGCAUUGAGCUCUCCAAACUGAUGAAGCAGGGCAAAUACCGCCACUUCUUUGAGGCCUGUCGCUUGCUGCAGCAGAUGAUUGACAUUGCUAUUGAUGGUUUUCUUCUCACGCCUGUUCAGAAAAUCUGCAAAUAUCCUCUGCAGCUUGCAGAGUUGCUCAAAUACACCACUCAGGAGCACAGUGAUUAUAGCAACAUAAAAGCUGCAUAUGAGGCCAUGAAGAACGUGGCAUGCCUCAUCAACGAGCGAAAACGGAGACUAGAAAGCAUAGACAAGAUUGCACGUUGGCAAGUUUCUAUCGUAGACUGGGAGGGACCAGAUGUGCUAGCCAGGAGCUCAGAACUGAUCCACUCUGGAGAACUGACCAAAAUAUCAAAACAAGGCAAAAGCCAGCAGAGGACUUUCUUCCUUUUUGAUCAUCAGCUUGUCUUCUGUAAGAAGGACUUGCUGAGAAGGGACAUCUUGUACUACAAGGAUCGUAUUGACAUGGAUGAGAUGGAAAUUGUGGACACCGAAGAUGGCAAAGACAAAGAUUUUAACAUCAAUGUCAAGAAUGCUUUUAAGAUAAUAAACAGAACAACAGAAGAGAUUCAUUUGUUCUGUGCAAAAAAACAGGAGGAUAAAAAGAGAUGGAUGGAGGCAUGUGAAAGUGAAAGGAGACGAGUUCGAGAAGACAAAGAAAUGGGUAUGGAAAUCUCAGAAAACCAGAAGAAACAAGCCAUGCAGAAUGCCCGUAAGUCAAGGCAAGGAAAAAUGAAAGGUGUGAGCUAUAAUGGGUGUCCCAUGCCUCCUCCACACCAAACCCUGCAUCCCCUUCACCAGCGACACAUCACCGUGCCUACCAGCAUCCCGCAGCAGCAGGUCUUUGCCCUGGCAGAGCCCAAGAGGAAGCCGUCCCUCUUCUGGCAUACCUUCAACAAACUCACUCCCUUUAAAAAGUGAGGGGCCAAGGACCUGGAAGGACAUCAGCACAGAGGGAGACUCACUCCAGAGGAGGACCUUGGAGAUACAGUCAAGCUUACUUGAGCUCAGCGAAUCUCCCGUUUCGGAGGCAGAACCUUGGGUUCCCUUGAGCCAGGAAUACAGCCUUUGACUUGGAUAAGAAAGAAGUUUGUCAAGGCUGCUCUGAAGUCCAUGUUGCCAAGUGUCAGCAUUGCUGAUGAAGAGCAGUCUCUCUUCUGACAAAGACAACUUGCUGUUAGUCAGGAACAGCAGUAUUCGACCUCUGUUUCUUGGUUAUGUUUGAAGUAGUAAUGGAAUCAUGCAGGUCAUUGUAACAUUUCAUUUUUCUUAACCUUAUAUUGAUGGCCAAAUUUUGGAUAGGGAGGAAUUUUUUGUUCAGGAUGUGUCAGCAAGGAGAAUUUUCUCCUUCCUUCUGGAGCACUGAGCACAGACCACCCAUUAAAAUCGUGCAGAUAUCCCAUGUGAUUAACCAGCUAUUGCAAAUAUAGUGGACCCUAAUCCUUCCUGUCUUUUUUUUCUAUUACAUUGCCAAAUGGCAGGACAACAUCCCGCAAGGCCUUACCAUGUUCCAGAUUGGAACAGGGAAAUUUUAUUCUGUCCUAUACAAACACGAACAGAGUAUGAAAUGGACUGUAAAGAUAUGUGCAUUUAUUGCACACAAGUGGAAACAAGAGGAGCCCAGGGCAUCUCAGAUUGAUUAAUUUCAGUCAGAGCAAUAUAUUGCAUGCAUGUAUGCUCUUCAAUGUAGAGCUUUUGUAUUGCUUUUUCACACAUUUCUUCACCUGGAAGACUCUCCUUUGUAUUUCCAAUAUGCUUAUUUCUCUGUGUAAAAAAUACAUUUUUAUUUUCGCACAGAGAUAAUGUGAAUGUACAAAAUUAGAGUUGAGACAGUACAUGGUGACUGCUGGCUGUGUUACAUAGGUCUCAUGCUUUUUAUUCAUAUAGCUGGACUUAGAAAAUUAAUAAAUAGUAAUGUAAAUAUA